UUGUUGUUGUUGGUUCUAGGUAUUGAAUUCGCUUAUGUAUAAUUUGGAUUCAAGGCAAUGAAGGAAAUCUUGGUUGGAUGUUAUUCAACUAAUUCUUCCAAAACUUGAUAUCAUAAUCCUUACCAUGGUACUAUAUGUAAUAGGUGAAUCUUGGAUGUGUAUCGAUUCAACUGAACUCAUUACUUCCAACUCGAACUAUGUACGGGAAAAAACAUUGAAUAUAUAAAAUAAAGUUACACUCGUUCUGAACCCACCGACUCUAAAUACAUCAGACUCUAGGCAAUGGAGGAAAUCUUGUGUUGGUGUAUAUGAAGUGUGUGUGAUAAAGAAAGAAGGCGGGGGAGGGAGCUUGUAGAGUCGAAAGGAUGGGCAGUAAUGCGAUGGAAAUCAAAUCACCUGAAGUUCAGUUAGGAGGGACUCCUGAUCCAAAACGGGGUUCAAAGAAACUCGGAAUCUACUUCCUUGAAUCGGAUGAUAGGAGGACAGCUUUUGGACGUGGUUAUAGUGGCGGAGUAGGAGGAGCUACUCCAGUGAAUAUCCACGGGAAGCCUAUUCCGGAUAUAAACAAGACGGGUGGUUGGAUAGCUGCCUUGUUCAUUUUUGGAAAUGAAAUGGCUGAGAGAAUGGCUUACUUUGGUCUAUCUGUCAACAUGGUGGCGUUUAUGUUCUACGUUAUGCACCGGCCUUUCUCUAGCUCCGCCAAUGCUGUCAACAAUUUCUUGGGCAUAUCACAGGCUUCCUCCGUGUUGGGUGGUUUCAUUGCUGAUGCUUACCUUGGUAGAUACUGGACUAUUGCUAUCUUUACCACCAUUUACCUAGCGGGAUUAACAGGAAUAACAUUGUUAGCAAUCAUAAAGGUGUUUGUGCCAAAUCAAGAUCAGUGUGAUCAGAUUGCCCUUCUUCUAGGCAACUGCGAACCAGCAAAAUCUUGGCAAAUGAUGUACUUAUACACGGUGCUAUAUGUGACGGGGUUUGGAGCAGCAGGGAUAAGGCCUUGUGUCUCAUCGUUCGGGGCUGAUCAAUUCGAUGAGAGAAGCAGAAACUACAGGUCACACCUGGACAGGUUUUUCAACUUCUUUUACCUAUCAGUCACAGUUGGGGCGAUCGUGGCCUUUACUGCAGUAGUGUAUAUUCAAAUGAAACAUGGAUGGGGAGCUGCUUUUGGGUCAUUGGCAAUUGCCAUGGGCCUUUCCAACAUGUUGUUUUUUGCUGGCACACCUCUGUAUAGGCAUAGGUUGCCCGGAGGCAGUCCUCUCACACGUGUGGCCCAAGUCCUAGUUGCUGCCUUCCGGAAGAGGAAUGUUUUGUUCCAAAGCAGCGAGUUUGUGGGCUUGUAUGAACUUCCUGGUAAAAGAUCUGCUAUCAAGGGCAGCAACAAGAUAGCUCAUACCGAUGAUUUCAGAUGGUUGGACAAAGCAGCUCUGCAGCUAAAGGAAGAUGAUGGCGCCAAUCCUUGGCGGCUUUGCACCGUGACUCAAGUAGAAGAAGUUAAAAUCCUGGUGAAACUUCUCCCGAUUCCAGCCUGCACUAUAAUGCUAAACAUGGUUCUAACAGAGUACUUGACUCUAUCGGUCCAACAAGCGUAUACCUUGAACACUCACAUGGGACAUUUGAAACUUCCUGUGACCUGUAUGCCGGUCUUUCCAGGCCUCAGCAUAUUCCUCCUGCUCUCCCUCUAUUACUCCGUGUUCGUCCCAAUAUCUAGGCGGAUCACUGGAAACCCCCACGGUGCUUCUCAGCUUCAAAGAGUUGGCAUUGGCUUGGCAGUCUCUAUACUCUCGGUGGCGUGGGCUGGUGUCUUCGAGAGGUAUCGGAGAACUUACGCGAUACAACAUGGUUACCAGGCUAGUUUUUUGACUCCGAUGUCUGACCUUAGUGCCUAUUGGUUACUAAUCCAGUAUUGCCUAAUAGGAAUAGCUGAAGUUUUUUGCAUAGUGGGAUUACUGGAAUUUCUAUACGAAGAGGCUCCUGAUGCAAUGAGAAGCAUUGGUUCAGCAUAUGCUGCUGUGGAUGGUGGUCUUGGUUGCUUUGCAGCCACAAUUUUGAACAGCAUUGUCAAGUCUGUCACCCGUGGAAAAGGCGAAAGGCGAGAAUCCUGGCUUUCCCAGAAUAUAAACACCGGAAGAUUCGACUACUUCUAUUGGCUCCUCACUAUCAUGAGUCUCGUCAAUUUUGCUGCUUUUCUUUAUGCAGCAAAUUGUUAUCAGUACAGAUCAAAGGAUGAUAUCCAGUCAACUGACCGACCAAGUGAGAAAGGGCCUGGAUCCGAUCAUACCAGCACUAACGCAACAGAUUCCAUCAGAACUCCGCAGUUAAGCGUGUUUGGACGAGAGUAGUACUAGGUCAGUAACCCUUAGGGAGUCUUCGAGCUGCAUCCCUCGCUUUAAAAAAAAGUGAAAAAUAGCCCACCUUUCCACUAUCUCAGAUAUAACUCAGUUAACAAAGAGGAAAAAAGGAAAGAAAAAUCCAUCCUCUUUGUUUAAAGCAUUGUGUUUGAGAAGUUGUAUUAUUGUUAGUGACAUAGUAAUAGUAAGAGGCAAAUGUAGCCAAACACUGAGAAAGAAAAGAAGAAAUAUACUCUCUCAGUUACUGGAAAUAGGAUAUAUGGCUAUACAUUGCAUGGCCUUUUAUCUUGUAAUACUCUUGAACUUGUUCAUGUUACAAAAAUUUCAGCUUUCAACUAAAUCAUCACUUGAUUCUUGCACA